UCACCUGGACUUAUUACCUGAGAUCUGACUAAUAAAGGAGUUCUGAUUCUGAUUCAGUCACAUUCCCUGGGAAUCACAUGAGGCGAAAGUAGACAUAACUCACAUCGUGUCAACAAACCCAAAGAAGCUUCAGGAGCUAAAAUCAGCAUAAAAUCAAGUAAAAGAGAACAUCUGUGUGGAGUGAACAGCUGAAUGAUGAGUCAAACAUCACUGGAGUCCAAACUGAAGGCCCUGCAGUGCCACUUCACCUGGGAUCUGGACCCCAGCAGGUCCAGACUCUUCCGUCUCAGGUACCAGCUGGAGGACAUCGGCACCGAGGAGGGAAACAGCUGGCUGGGUCACAUUUACAACCUGCGGGGGUACGUUCAAUACAAGCUGGGGUUCAGCAAAGAUGCCCAGAGUUUGUUCAACAAGGCUGCAGAGGCCUUCUGCCAGACAAGAAGAGCAGACGCAGACGAGGGUCCCUGGUUAGUGGUGAACUACGGGAACCUGGCUUGGCUGCACCACCACCUGGGAGAACAAGCAGAGAGUCAGGCUUACCUGUCAAAGGUCGACGCCCUGAUGAAUAAAUACCCAUCUCCAUCCCAGGACGAGCUCCAUCCAGAGAUCUACGCUGAGAAAGCCUGGACCCUGAUGAAGUUCGGCAAAGACAAGAAGCAGCUGGCUGCAGAUUACUUCCAGAGAGCCAUCAGGAUGCAGCCGGACAUGGUGGAGUGGAAAACCAGCCACAUCUUAGUGUUGCGUAGUAUCUUAACGUCAGUGUACACAGGACUGGAUGCUGACAUGUUGGAGAAAAUGAGAAUUGCAAAGGAAAAAGAUCCAGAGAACUUGUACCUCGCUGUUCACUACCUUGAGCAGAACGCUAAAACGAUGAAGAGAGAAAGAGUUGAAGAUGAAGCUGGAGAGUUAGCUCAGAAGAUUCUGAAGAAUCCAGUCAGCAGCUACAACGGUUUGAAACCGUUGCUGUGGGUUUAUUUUGAAUAUGUUUCUGUUGAUGAGGCCAUUGAUCUGGCAGAGGAGGCUCUGAGACGUCACCCAGAUGUGCGUUAUCUGAAGAGCUGUGUUGCUCUCUGCUACAAAUGGAUCAUUACUUCCAGAGGCAGUUUCCCAAAUCAAAGCAUGAUAGACAGAGCGAUCAGCCUCCAUGAGGAACUGAUUUCUCUUUACCCUCAGUCUUCUCUGGUGAAGAAAAUAGACCUCGCAAGCAUAUACGCAAAGUCAAAUCACAGCCAGGCUAAAGCUGAGCAGAUUUACCAGGAGCUGUUAGAGAGUGAUCUGGAUCCUGCAGAUAAACAGAUGGUUUACAACAGGUUCGCACACUAUUUAAAUAUUGUUCGAAGGGAUCGUCAAGGGUCAAUACAGUAUCACAAGAAGGCAGCAGAGAUACCGUACAAAUCACACUUUCGUGAGAACAGCAUCAGAGUUCUGGGAAAGAUUAAAGAUGCAUAUAGGAAACGGGCGGAAGGCUUAGAGGAGUUUCUGCAGAACCGGCAGGAGCCGUAAUGCAGAAAAAUCUGUACAGGCUCAUUAAUUUGAUUCCAAGCAUUCAACAGCACUGCAAUGGUCUUUUAAUCAAUAUCCACAUGUUCAACUAUCAUUAUUAAAAUUCAAAUUACAAGCUCAUUAAACCCAUUUUGUCCUUUAUGUUCACUGUACUCCUGUACUGUAUUUUAAGUCUAUAUAAGAACAUUACACCUUUUAUGUAACAUUUGUUCUGCUGAUGUAGAGUUUUGAUGAUGUAACAGUUAUUUGAUGUGUCACUGAACAAUGAUGCCAGAUGUAACUGAUUGUAUUCAUAGAAAGUUUGUUAAGAUGUCUCAGUUGUACAAAUGACUAAUAAAUAUAAUAAACAUA